CUUCUUUCUCCUUUUACUCUCUAAAUAUCAGUUCUUUAUUUUAUAUAAAAAAAUAUUAAAUUUUGUGCUUUUUUUUUCUACAUCAUACUCAAGAGUGGUGGCAAUGAGAAAAUAUUUUUUUUGUUGUUUUGUGUGCCGAACAUAAAAGAAGUUUCGUUCGUCCGAAAAGCUGUGUGUUGUCUUUUGUCAUCUCCGCGAUUUACAGAAGAACCAUUGAUGACUUCAGAACAAUAAGUAAUAAAACUUUCGGCGUUGGUGGAAGAUGCUGUUGAAAAAGUUAUGAAAUCAAAAGAUAAAAAGAAAUCGAUUUGCAAUGAAAUGAAAAACUCGAUAAAUUAAAAAGAAGUCAAAGUUGGAUAUCAGAAGAGAAGGAAACAUAUAAACAGACUUUGAAAGUCUGUUAAUAGUGAUCCGAUGUGUAUAAUAUUGAGAAAAGUGAACCAUCAUUGGUUGUUAUGGUUUCUCUCAGCUCUUGUGGUUAAUGGAGCGGUAGCAGGAAAUCCCGACGCGAAGCGUCUCUACGAUGAUUUAUUAAGCAAUUACAAUAAGCUCGUUCGUCCAGUAGUUAAUACAUCCGAUGUUCUUCGAGUAUGCAUCAAGCUCAAAUUAUCACAACUUAUUGAUGUGAAUCUUAAAAACCAGAUUAUGACCACAAAUCUUUGGGUCGAACAAUCAUGGUAUGACUAUAAACUAAGAUGGAAUCCAGCAGAGUAUGGUAACGUGCAAAUGUUGCAUGUUCCAAGCGAUCACAUAUGGCGACCAGACAUAGUCUUAUAUAAUAAUGCUGAUGGAAAUUUCGAAGUAACACUCGCAACAAAAGCCACGAUAUAUUCUGGAGGUUUAGUUGAGUGGAAGCCUCCAGCGAUUUAUAAAAGCUCCUGCGAGAUUGAUGUGGAAUACUUUCCAUUCGACGAACAGACUUGUGUGUUAAAGUUUGGCUCAUGGACUUAUGAUGGCUUCAAGGUUGACCUGCGGCACAUGGAUGAGAAAUUUGGCAGCAAUAUUGUGGAUGUCGGAGUGGAUCUGUCAGAGUUUUAUUCGAGCGUUGAGUGGGACAUCCUUGAAGUUCCAGCAGUUCGCAAUGAAAAAUUCUACACAUGCUGCGACGAGCCCUACUUAGACAUCACAUUCAACGUCACUAUGAGAAGAAAAACGUUAUUUUACACAGUCAACAUCAUAAUCCCCUGCAUGGGAAUUUCCUUCCUCACAGUAUUAACAUUUUAUUUACCAUCAGAUAGUGGAGAGAAAGUAACGCUUUCAAUUUCAAUUUUAAUUAGUCUUCACGUGUUCUUUCUACUGGUUGUUGAAAUCAUUCCACCAACAAGUUUGGUUGUGCCGCUGUUGGGCAAAUAUCUGAUAUUUGCUAUGAUAUUGGUAUCGAUAAGUAUAUGCGUUACAGUGGUGGUGCUGAACGUUCAUUUUAGAUCACCUCAAACUCACGUCAUGCAUUCUUGGGUCAAAGUAUUCUUCAUAGAUUUUCUACCGAAAUUUCUGUUCAUGAAACGACCAAAAUACGUCUUCGAAACCAACAGAAAAUUGCUUUCAAGUUUCUAUCCAUUCUAUACGAAUUCGUCAUCAAAUCUCAAUCAUGUAUCACACUAUAGUAGAACACCAUCAAAAGAAGAUUUGUCACCGAUCAGUUUAAAUACGGGUCCAUUUGGUGGAAGUUGUCAGAUUCAUGGUCCGAUUUCGAUGGAGUCAGAAGAAGUUACAAUGUCAAUGUCAACUAUUGAUGUUGAUCCACCGCCUGUGACACAACCGGAUCGUGUUAAAAGUCCCAUCAUGAAGAAUCCUGGUUAUUCUCAUCAACAUUGUCCUACGGAACUUCAUCGGUCAUGUUUCUGUGUUCGAUUCAUCGCAGAACAUACUCGAAUGCUUGAAGAUUCAGUGAAAGUAAAAGAAGAUUGGAAAUAUGUUGCGAUGGUGUUGGAUCGUCUUUUCUUAUGGAUUUUUACACUGGCGGUAUUAGUUGGAACAGCUGGUAUUAUUCUCCAAGCACCAACACUUUAUGACGAUCGAAUUCCAAUCGAUAAAAAGUUUUCCGACUAUGCAUCAUCGACGGUCGUAAGGUGUCCGCAAUAACAAUUUGAGUUAACAGCAAGCAACUACAACAUCAACAUGAACAUAGUUUUAUUGAAAGUUUUAUGUACAAUUGUAAUAAUGAGCGUCUCUUGUGUUUACCUUACAAACAUUUCAAUUCUAAAGAAGAAAAAUGAAAACAUGAAGCAGUAAAUAUCCUGUAAACUAAAGUCACUUCCAAAUGAGUUUUAUGUGUUGUCUGUUUAAGAAAUAUCUACUCUAGUAAUUUCAUCUUCAUUUCCCAUGACAGAUGCAGUCAUUUCCAGUUGCAGACGAGACAUGUCAAAAACGAUGACUGUAAAAAAGGGAAAAUAGCUUCUGGCAUAUUUUUUUAUCAGUUAUUUCUGUUACAUCUUGUUUAGCGACCCAAACCACCCUCAUAGUCGACAUUAAAAAAAUCCUAAAUAUUUUUCAACCACCCAAAAACUAAUAACUUCUGUUGAUUGUUGCGCUUAGAUAAUUGACUUAAAAAAUUUCCCAAUGUUGUAAUUUUAGAAAUAUCCAACCCUGUUCAAUUAUAACUGCCAGUAUACCAGAAAACAUUUCUGUGCUUGUAAAAGUUUUCCCUUUGAAUGAGAAAAAUCAAAGCAACUUUAUUAAAAUUAUGAUUAAUUAUCUGCUGUGAUUUUUGUUCAUCAUUUUCUGACUUCAGUAGCAAAUAAAUUUUCCUGAUUUCUAAAAUAACGUUCUGAAAAAAGUUGUGACGGAAGAUGAACAUGAAUAGUUAACAUUUACGAGGAAGAAGAAUAAAACUUUAAAGCUCAUUGGUGUAUGUAACAAAAAGAAUAAAAAAUAUUAUGAUGAUGAUUACGAGAAAUGUGGAUGGUUGAACUGGAACUCCCAAAAGCUACUCCAAUAUUUAUACAAACAUAAACGUUUAGUAUGGAACUAAACCAAUUAACUGAAUAGAUAUUGAAGAAAAGCAGAGAAAAUGAUGCAAUUUGUUCGCGGGAAUAAAGGCGGAAUGUUGUGGCUAAUGCAAUGUUCAACAUUUGCAGAAGCUUUCCAUAUAAAUUCAUUCAAUUCAAAUUCAUUCAUCCAUUCAGGAGAGAAAUAAAUGUUUGCAGUUGCAAAUGAAAUUUUAUCAUCUCUCAUCCGCCCUCGAACUCAUGGAACGAAUUGCAUAGCAAUUCCUUUUCGAGAAAUCAACAAACUCGAAUUUAUUAAAAGUUAGUUAAAUGGAAAAACCUUCUGAUGAUAUUUGUUCGGAGUUUUUUUUUAUUAUCAAACAAGACAAAGUGUUUUCUGUUGACAGGAAAACAAUAUUUUUUUCUUUAUUACAUUGGAACUGCAAUAUAGAUGAUGUUAACAUUGGAGGGAAAGAUUUAAUGAACUUAAUCAAUUGUUAAAAACUGUUCACACGUAGCCAAAAAACUCAUAAAUAUUAAUUUUUAGGAUGCAAGAAAAUAGUCUUCGCAAGAAGUACUCGUCUAUGAUUAUUCUUACAACGAUAAUGGAUUCUUCCUACCUUAGGAUAUUUCAGUCAUAAUGAAAAUUCGAUAAACAAAAAAUAAAUUUUCAUUAAGUGUAAAUAGAUAUCUAAUUAAAAUGUGCUGAAAACGCAAAUGAAAACACGAAAAUGUAGAUGAAAAUUUUACAUGAACAAAGAACAUCUAGCGAACAUUUGAUUAAUAAAGAAAAGAAAAAUUAGUUCAAAUAUA